AUGUCUGUGUCUGUGUCUCUGUUGUGUGAGGAGGAAGUCCGAGGCCAGCAAGGCCAGGGAGCCCAGCAGGGCCAGGCUAGGGGCCAUUCACAGCUCCGGGCCCCCUGGGACCCCAGUGUGUCUGGGCAGCGGAUCAUCCAGAGGCUGCUACAGGUGGAGGAGAGAUAUCUGCCCUCCGCCCUCUACGUCGCCCUCAUUCAGAGAGAGCCGGAGCGGAGAGAGGAGCUCGCCAAGUGGGCUAUGGAAGUAUGCUGUGAGCGUGGCUGUGACGAAACAGUGUUUCCCCUGUCUGUCUCUAUGUUGGACUGCUUCCUGUCUGCCUCCCUGUCUCUCCCUGUCUCACCCUACUGCCUGGCUGCAGCCUGCAUCCUCAUCGCCUCCAAACUAACAGAGUGUGACACAAUCUCUGCUGACUCUCUUUGUGCUGCAGCUGGGUACAGCUUCCUGCCCUCCAACAUACGGGAGAUGGAACGUGUCAUCCUUGCGACUCUUCGAUGGGACGUUGCUGCGGUAACCGCUCAGGACUUCAUUCCACAUUUCCUUCCCCCUGUAGGGGAGAGGAAGGAUGGAAAGACAGACACAGAGGAGUUCUUCUCCACACUGCGUCGGCAUAGUGACACCCUGGUUGCCAUGUGUGUCUGCGACUACCGUUUCCUGGGAGCCCCUCCAUCCCUGGUUGCUGCGGCAGCACUGAACUCUGCCCUCCGGGGUUUGGGCAACAAGGGUCCAGGUCAUCUGGGUCAUAUGAGUGCUACACUGGCAGAACUGUGUCAGACUGACCUGAUGGUGUUGCAGUGUUACAGUGAAUUGAUAGAAGCUGCCCUCAAACAACGGCUCAGAGGUGGACUCCAAGACAGUGCCAUGGAGAAGGACGGAGAAAUAGAGGAUGAAAGAGCAGGCACUCCUACUGAUAUGAGAGAGAUUGAUUUCUAAACACUAAAUUGUGUGAGACAAAGUGCAAAUCAAUCAAAGUCCUGCAUGUAGCUCAUCA